UACGGUUGGGAAUGACACUGAGAGAACGCAGGUCUAAACCACAGACAGAGAAAAACAGUCUGGAACAAGAGCAGGGAAGGAUGUAAAUCAAGAAUACGUGAAACUUCAGAGGUGUCUGUUUGUUGGUGAAAACGAGGCGCGAGAUUGCAUCUUUAUUUCCGAAUGAAAUAGGAGGUGGAACCCUCAGCCAAAAAAGAAGCAGAAGGAUGGCAGAGUAAAGAAGAACUUCAAGAAAUUCAGAUAUGUGAAGUUGAUUUCCAUGGAAACCUCGUCAUCUUCUGAUGACAGUUGUGACAGCUUUGCUUCUGAUAAUUUUGCAAACACAAAACCUAAAUUCAGGUCAGAUAUCAGUGAAGAACUGGCAAAUGUUUUUUAUGAGGACUCUGAUAAUGAAUCUUUCUGCGGCUUUUCAGAAAGUGAGGUGCAAGAUGUGUUAGACCAUUGUGGAUUUUUACAGAAACCAAGGCCAGAUGUCACUAACGAACUGGCCAGUAUUUUUCAUGCCGACUCUGAUGAUGAAUCGUUUUGCGGUUUCUCAGAGAGUGAGAUACAGGAUGGAAUGAGGCUGCAGGCAGACCGUGCCGGCUGUCGGACCCGCAGUCAGUGCAGACGUUCCGGACCCCUCCGAGUGGCCAUGAAGUUUCCCACUCGAAACUCCAGGCGAGCAGCCCCCAAGAGAGCAGCGCCCCCUGAACCCUCAGAGAACUCUGUGACCGAUUCCAAUACUGAUUCAGAAGAUGAAAAUGGCAUGAAUUUCUUGGAGAAAAGGGCUUUAAAUAUAAAGCAAAACAAAGCAAUGCUUGCAAAACUCAUGUCAGAAUUAGAAAGCUUUCCUGGCUCCUUCCCUGGAAGACGUUCCCUGCCAGGCCCCAGUUCACGUCCAAAGACACCCCGAAGGCGCACGUUCCCAGGUGUUGCCUGCCGCAGGAACCCCGAGCGGAAGGCGCGUCCUCUCACCAGGUCAAGGUCCCGGGUCCUUGGGUCGCUUGGCGCCCUGCCCACUGAGGAGGAGGAAGAAGAGGAGGAGGAGGAUAAGUACAUGUUGGUGAGAAAGAGGAAGCCCACGGACGGCUACCUGAACGAAGAUGACAUGCCUCGAAGUCGUCGCCCUGGAUCCAUGACCCUCCCCCAUAUAAUCCGCCCGGUGGAAGAAAUCACAGAGGAGGAGUUGGAGAACAUCUGUAGCAACUCUCGAGAGAAGAUCUACAACCGUUCGUUGGGAUCAACUUGUCACCAGUGCCGCCAGAAAACUAUUGAUACCAAGACAAACUGCAGAAACCCAGAGUGCUGGGGGGUUCGAGGCCAGUUCUGCGGACCCUGCCUGCGAAACCGUUAUGGUGAAGAAGUCAGGGAUGCUCUGUUAGACCCAAAUUGGCACUGCCCACCGUGUCGUAGGAUUUGCAACUGCAGCUUCUGUCGGCAGCGAGACGGGCGGUGUGCGACUGGGGUACUCGUGUACUUAGCCAAGUACCAUGGCUUUGGUAAUGUGCACGCUUACUUGAAAAGUCUAAAACAGGAGUUUGAAAUGCAAGCAUAAUAUUUGGAAGAUCCACUACCUGCCUUCCACUUGGCAAAUCUUCUUUGUUAAAGUGUUCAAUUUUGUCAUGUGAUUGAAACUCAAGAUAAGAAUUUGGAUGAUCAGUCUGUCUUAUAGGCAAAUCAAGUCAAUCUCAUUAGACAUGCUCACAUGUCGGUAACACAGAGGUAUAGCGCCUGCCUGCCGUACUCUACCCUCCUGCAGCUCCUUCUUUGCUCCCCCCAUGCCUCCUCCCCCCUCCCUGCCAAGCCCCCUCUUAUUUCCACUGAUUCUCUUCCAUCAUUUAGUUUCCGUAUUCUUUUGAAAUGACAAUUUUAUGAAAGCAUGUCUGAUUCGACUGGUGUUGAACCCUGGACCCCACCCAUAAAACCAAGCACUUAGAAGCACAGUAGCAGUGUUAACUAGCUGGAUCUAUUGAAUUCCAGAGACUAGCCCUCUGACUUUCUUACAUGAAAACAAUGGGUCUGAUUUAGUGUUCAUACUAGUUGACUUUUUUUUUUACAGAAUCGAGGCACGCAUUAGGUUAGCUGUUGGCAAGUGGUGUACGUGACUUGAAGGCCUCUCAUGAGAAUAUUCCACACAGUGUGGUUAUCAUUCCAGUUGUCCCCCUGUUGAGACUCAGUUGCUGCUGAUUUCUCCUACUAUGUGCAUCUGGCCCACAGGUCAGGACCCAAAGGUUCCUGGGCAGCGCUAUGCUUGGAAUCAUUGUGGAAAAGCCAUCCUGGGGAUGCGGGACAGUGAGGCUUUGGGACCAGACCAAUUUGAAUUCAUGGGAUAAAACUUCAGACAAUCAAGUUUCUUUCAGUUCAUAGCAGAAGGUAUUUCAAAUAAAUUUUUUUUUUUUUUUUGGUCUUCUGUCUUUUUAGGGUCACACCCGAGGCAUAUGGAGGUUCCCAGACUAGGGGUUGAAUUGGAGCUGCAGCCACCAGCCUAUACCACAGCCACAGCAACUCGGGAUCUCAGCCACAUCUGUGACCUACACCACACCUCACGGCAACAUUGGAUUCCCGACCCAGUGAGCAAGGCCAGGGAAUGAGCCCACAUCCUCAUGGAUACUAGUUGGGUUCCUUAAUCACUGAGCCACGAUGGGAACUCCUCAAAUUCUCGAUUAUGUUGCCUGGAAAAUGAAUCCCUGGAUUCAGCUACAAUUCUUUGCAGCUUUUUGCUUUCUUGAAGAAAUUAUAAUCCAGGAACAGGGUUCACGUUCAGGUUUGAAGCACUUUUAUAACACUGAGAAGUGCCUUUUUGGAGAAGAGUGACUUUCAACAGUUUGCUAGCUUGACAACCCUGCCAGUUCAGUUUCUGGGCAGAUUCCAUGUGUCGUCGCUCCCUCCCCCGGUUUUGGCAUGAAUCAAAUGGUUUGGUAGAGGUGGAAUCUUAAGUGUGUUUGUGUGUUCAUGUUGCUUUGCAUGUGCAGCCCGUAGCUAUGCCUGAUUAGUGUCUGGGGCAUAAUUGGACCUUGAAUCAAUAAAUGUAAAUAGAGCUUUUGAUCUGUUAUGCUUUUUAUACAAAAGUUUUUUAUUUUAAUAAUAAAAUGUUUUGUUA